UAAUUUAUCCCAUUAUCCUACUUUCCUUGCCCUACUACUUCUAUAACCAAUACGAGGACCAAAAACCAUUAGUUCAAACAAUUGCUUUCUUUCUUUAACUUCCAAACACAUCCAAAAACUAUGCCUUCAAGAAUGAUCUCUCAUGCCUUCAAGGCCUACCCCCUCAAUCACCCUCACAAGUACUUGGAUUUAAAUUCCAUAAAGGAAUUACCUGAAUCCCAUGAAUGGACGUCGGCUAGCAACGAGCACCCCGUCGUCAAGGUGCCUAAUGUCGAAUCCGUCCCUAUUAUCGAUCUAAAUAACAAGAAUGCCAUGGACCUCAUAGGUCAUGCAUGCAAAAAAUGGGGAAUUUUCCAAUUGAUUAACCAUAAUAUUUGUAAGAGCUUGCUUGAAGAUGUUGAGUUGGAAGGUAAGAGGCUGUUUUCUCUCCCCAUGCAGCAAAAACUUAAAGCAGCGCGUUCACCGGACGGUGUAGCCGGCUACGGCGUGGCCCGUAUUUCUUCCUUCUUUACCAAGCUCCUGUGGUCCGAAGGGUUCACUGUUAUUGGUUCUCCACUAGAGCAUGCCCGUCAACUUUGGCCCUAUGACUUCCAAAACUUCUGUGACACAAUUGAAGCUUAUCAAAACCAGAUGAAAAAGCUAGCUGAAAAACUGAUGUGGCUUAUGCUUGGAUCAUUGGGCAUAACCAAAGAAGAUGUAAAAUGGGCUAAUAAUAAAGGAGAAUCCGAAGAGGGAUGUGCUGCUCUACAAUUAAACUCUUAUCCGGCCUGUCCCGACCCGGACCGGGCUAUGGGUCUUGCACCGCAUACUGAUUCGACAGCACUCACCAUUCUUCACCAAAGCAACAUAAGCGGUCUACAAGUUCUCCGGGAGGGCUGCGGGUGGGUCACCGUGCCUCCUCAUCCCGGCGCUUUAGUGAUCCAUGUAGGUGACCUUUUACAUAUAUUAUCCAAUGGUUUGUAUAUAAAUGUUCGCCACCGAGCCGUGGUGAACCGGACCCAACAUCGUUUUUCACUAGCCUACCUUUAUGGGCCACCCGCGGAUGUCAAAAUCUCCCCACUUACGAAAUUGGUAGACCAUUUUCACCCUCCACUCUAUCGGCCAAUAACUUGGAGUGAGUAUCUUGGAACUAAAGCUAAGCAUUUCGACAAUGCACUCACAUCAGUACGGGUUUGUGCUCCUCGAAAUGGAUUUGUCGAUACAAACGAUAACAAUAGUGUUAAAGUUGGUUAGCGACGAGACCUUGACGACGACCACAACAGGUUAUGAUGUUUUUUAGCUUUACUAUCUAGAGAAUUACUAUAUUCAGGACUGAUCUCCUCUCCAUAGUGAGCAAUACGUGAUCUUGCCACCUCAUCCUAUUUACACAUUUUUCGUAAUGAAUUUUGUUUCUAAUU